CCUCCCGCCGCCCACAGCCCGGCCCGACCGUCUCGCGGAGCUGUCCGGGAGCGAGCCCCUCGUCUCGCACUCGGAGUCCGAGAUGGCUUCAGUAACUGAUGGUAAAACUGGAGUCAAAGAUGCCUCUGACCAGAAUUUUGACUACAUGUUCAAACUACUCAUCAUUGGUAACAGCAGUGUUGGCAAGACCUCCUUUCUCUUCCGCUAUGCCGAUGACACCUUCACCCCGGCUUUCGUCAGCACUGUGGGCAUUGACUUCAAGGUGAAGACAGUCUACCGUCACGAGAAGCGAGUGAAGCUGCAGAUCUGGGACACGGCUGGGCAGGAGCGGUACCGGACCAUCACAACAGCCUAUUAUCGUGGGGCCAUGGGUUUCAUUCUGAUGUAUGACAUCACCAAUGAGGAGUCCUUCAAUGCUGUCCAAGACUGGGCUACUCAGAUUAAGACCUACUCCUGGGACAAUGCACAGGUCAUUCUGGUGGGGAACAAGUGUGACAUGGAGGAAGAGAGAGUUGUUCCCACUGAGAAGGGUCGGCUCCUCGCGGAGCAGCUUGGGUUUGACUUCUUUGAAGCCAGUGCCAAGGAGAACAUCAGCGUGAGGCAGGCCUUUGAGCGCCUGGUGGAUGCCAUUUGUGACAAGAUGUCUGAUUCGCUGGACAUGGAGCCCUCCAUGCUGGGUGCCUCCAAGAACACGCGUCUCUCAGACACCCCACCCCUGCUGCAGCAGAACUGCUCAUGUUAG